GACUGGCGGCCUCGGUAUGGCUACAAGCGAGCCCAGGUUGAGAAGCAGAACAACUGGCUGAUUGAAGUUCCUGAGAACAAGGACCCCAUGGUGGACUACCAUGGUGAGCUGAAGAAGAAGAAGAAGGAGCGCGUAGCCAAGAACGAGUACCAGCGGCUCCGGAACAUUGCACGCAACCACAAGGCCAAAGUGCCCAAGAACCUGUUUCUGCCCACCGAAAACCUCAGCAAGGAUGAGGUCUCCAAGGCAGUCACUGUUGCCAAGGCAGCAACGGCAUCGCACGGCAAGUUCGCCGGCACACUCAAGGAAGAGAAGAACGUCAAAGUCAGACGCGCGAAGCGCAAGUUUGAGUCCAACUUUGGAGACACCAGGAAGGAGCGGGAUGCCCAGUUGAAGGUGUUCGAGGACAUGCAGCGCAAGAAGCCCAAGCUCGACGUCAAGCGGGCGGCCAACCAGUUCAUUCACCAGGAGGAGAUUGAGGCCUCCGAAAACCCCGGCCGACGGAAGGCAGGCAAGAAGCACCACGGAAAGGAAAAAUCCUCGAAGAAGAAGGGUGGUCUCAACCGCAAGGGAAGGAAUCGGCCGCAAAAUGCAAAGCACAAGAAGGGCAGGAAGAAACAAUAAAUCGAGUUUUUGCUGGACAA